AUGACUUCGAAAAGUUUGACCAGGUUUCUGAAUUCCAAUCUAAGUUUUUCAAAUAAGAGUUUUGUGCUGCGCCGUUACAGUGAAAGUGCUAAAGCUGCUGUUAAAACGCCUCUAUACGAUCUGCACGUUAAAAAUGGUGGUAAAUUGGUAGAUUUCGCCGGAUUUUUGCUUCCGGUUCAAUAUUCCGACAUGAGUGUGUCUGCGUCGCAUUUGUUCACAAGGAGCAGCGCAUCCAUAUUCGACGUAUCCCAUAUGCUGCAGACAAACGUGAGGGGUAAAGAUUGCAUCGCUUGGUUCGAGUCCAUCACGCCUGUCGACUUGAGAGGCAUGAGCAACGGUUCAAGUGCACUUACCGUGUUCCUAAACGAUAAAGGAGGAAUUAUAGACGACCUGAUCGUCACUAAAGUCAAUGAGGAAACUCUGUACAUAGUGUCCAACGCCGGUAGAUUGGAUGUGGACAAAGAACACAUGAGAGAUACUUCCGAAGUGUUCCGUAAGCGAGGUAAAGAUGUGGAAGUAGAAUUUUGGAACGUCAACCAGAGAGCUCUUAUAGCUGUUCAGGGCCCGAAAGCAGUUUCCGCUGUUCAAACUUUGACAAAGAUACCGUUGAACGACUUGACUUUCAUGACAUCCGUGGAGGGUUUCGUAGUCGGCGCUGAAUGCAGGAUCACGAGGUGCGGUUACACUGGGGAAGACGGCGUGGAGAUAUCCAUACCGGCUCUGAAAGCAGACGUAGUUACAAACGCUUUACUGCAAAACCAGGAUGUGAAACUUGCAGGCUUGGGCGCUCGGGACUCGCUUCGUUUGGAAGCCGGCUUGUGUCUCUACGGCAACGAUAUUGAUGAGAGCGUCACGCCCGUCGAAGCGAACUUGACUUGGUUGGUAUCUAAAAGGAGGAGAAUCGACGGCGGCUUCCCUGGGGCUGAUGUAAUAUUGCGUCAGAUAAAAGAAGGAGUCAGUAAGAGAAGAGUCGGGAUAAGAAUGGAGAGCGGCGCUCCUGCUAGGAAAGAAGCUAUACUCAAAAGCGUGAACUCGGAAGAGAUAGGAAGAGUAACGAGCGGUUGUCCGAGCCCCUCAUUGGGUGGUAACGUGGCAAUGGGCUAUGUGUCCGAAGCUUUCAAGAAGAAUGGCACACAACUAUUGGUAAACGUCAGAGGCAAAGACAUGCAGUGCACUGUUGCUAAAAUGCCAUUCGUUCCAGCCAAAUACUAUACAAAGAAAUAA